CUCCUCACAACCCUUACAUCCAACAUACACUCCUCACAACCCUUACAUCCAACAAUAACAAUCUCAGGAGCGUCAUCAUGAGUGAACGUGAAGGUGAAGAUGACGUUGUUACUCUGGAAAAUGAGGAAGAUGAGGACAUCCCAGACGUGGCCACAUGUCAGAGGCUGGUGGAACAGUUUGCAGAGAUCACUGGUACUGAUGAAGCUUGUGCUCAGUUCUACCUUCAAGACCGCAAGUGGGACCUCCAGUGGUCGGUGAAUGCAUUCCUGGAGGCUCGUUCUGGGGGUAUAAAGAUCUUAAAUGAUGGUGAUGAACCAGAAGUCGUCGUUACAUUUGACUCUCAGAUGGUGUCCGUACUCUCAGCUGCCACUGAGAAACCUCCAGACAAGUUUUGUUUCAUUACCUGGAACAUUGAUGGACUUGAUGAUAAAAACUUAAAGAAGAGGACCAAGACUAUUGCCAGGAUUAUUGAGAGGGAGAGAGCAGACAUAGUGUUCCUACAAGAACUGGUGCCUAAGACCUUCACCUACUUAGAGAACCUAUUGCCACAGUUCGUGUUUGUUGUGGGUGACACCAGAGAUUACUUCACUGCUACUCUACUGCGACGUACAACCGUCUACUUUGAUGCUCACAAUAUUGUACCCUUCGAGAACACUGUCAUGGGCAGGAAUUUAUUGUGUGUGGAGGCACACAUAGGAGAUGUUAAGCUGAACUUACUGAACACUCACCUGGAGAGCACAGCUGAACACUCCAAGGAACGUGUUGAACAACUCACGCUAGCCUUCACUAACAUGAAGUCGUGUUUACCAUCUUCUACAGUCAUAUUUGGAGGAGAUUUAAACAUUCGCGACAAGGAAAUGAGCAGCGUUCACCCACCAAGCAAUUUCUUUGACCUGUGGGAGGCUUGUGGUCGCAGACCAGAGUGCAGGUGGACCUGGGAUACUGAACGUAACACCAACAAGGAGAUGCCUGGUCGUUUUAAACCGAAGUGUAGGUUCGACCGAGUCUUUCUGAGAUCAGCUGAAUCCCCGCUGGUCAAGCCUCAACACUUUGGUCUCCUGGGUCUGGAGAAAGCCCCAGGCACACAGAGCUUCCCUUCAGACCACUGGGGCAUUAUAGUCCACUUUGAGAUUGUGAAGAGAGCGAAUGAUUCAGCAUCAUCUCAGUCAUUAUCACUCAUUCGACCAUCUACCAGCAAGUGAACCAGUCACUACUGAUACUUAACAGUUACUAGUUUGUGAGGUGUUGCAGCACUGUGGGUGUGGUGUUGCAGCACUCCGGGUGUGGUGUUGCAGCAUUCCAUUCAGGAAUUUUAUGACUCCAGUGGAAAAUGUGAAUCGUAUUUAUCCUCAGAAAACAUUGUCGGGCCUCAAAAAUUCCCGACAAAAAAGUGCGAAAUUGAAAGUACUCUUGAUAAUGUUAUGAAUGUUGAUUGAUUAAUGUUGGAUAAGGAAAAUGUUGAUUGAGGAACACUGUUAAGAAUAUUGUAUAACAUGGUGUGUUGUGCAUUGUUGCAGACACAAUAUUGUGUGUUGUAAAUUGUUGCAGACACAAUAUUGUGUGAGAAAUGGUCUGGUGAUACCAGGAAGGUGUGGACAAAGACAAUUAUGUACAGUUCGGGACAUCUUUAUAGGAAACGUUUCGUCACUAGUGAGUGUGUGAGUGCAAGUGUGUGUGAAUGAGUGAGUGUGUGUGAGUGCUACAGUGCUAAUACAGAGAUAGGUAAGAACCCUGUAUAUAUAGUGGCAAGAG